AUGCGGCUGCCCCCCAUUUUCUGGUACGCAGCGUAUCAGCUCAACCUCUGGCCCUGUGUCUCCUUGCCAGAGACCUUGCCGAUACUGCGUUGGACGGGGGAGGUUGGCGAUGCGUCGGUGUUCCAGGUCUGGGGAUCUCGUGCCUUUGUCCGCGAUAACUCCGCGGACAAGCUGUCCUCCCGUGCCAUUCCCUGUGUCUUCCUUGGCUUUCCCCCUGAUGCGCGUGGUUGGCAGUUUUACCACCCCACUCUGCGCCGUGUCCUGCUCUCUCAGGACAACGGUUUGACGAGUCGGUUCCCUUUUUACCGUCUCUUUGCUUACCGCACUGCCCCUCUCACCCCCCCUCCGCUCGUGUGCGCACCAGGUCCUCCACCGGUAGACCCCCUCUCCCCUCAGGAUCCUGCUCCCUCCGGUGUGUCCCAGGUAGACCAUGUCGAGCUUGUUGAGGUAGCUGUCGACUCUGGGGUUGCUGGGGGUGGUGUUGCUAGGGGUGUUGCGCCAGGGGGUGCUGAGCCUGAGCGUUUGGAGCCUAAGGUUGUUGAGACUCGGGUUGCGGAGUCUGGGGGUGCUGAGCCUGGUGGUACUGUGUCUGCUAGAGGUCCUACGCUGCCUCGUCAGGACGGGAGCCGCUCUCUCUACUGCAGGUGCGUGAGCGGUUUGCUAGGCGCACCCGCCUUUGGAGUGGCGCUUCCGGAGCUGCGGGCCUUGCCACUGGAGACACUGCUGCUGGAGGCACUGGGGCUGGAGGCGCUAGAGCUGUCGCCGCUGGUGGUGCUGCUGCUAAUGGAGGUACUGGAGGUGCUGGAACUGCUGGUGCUGGCGUUGCUGGAGGUGCUGAAGGUGCUGGAGGUGCUGGAGCUGGUGGUGCUGCUGGCACUGGAGCUGGAGACUCUAGGGAUGGAGUGA